AUGGUCCAGCAGUUUUGUCUCUGGAAAUGGUUAGCUGCAGGGAUUGCACUCACUACUGUCUUGGCAGGUUGUUUGGCCCAGAAUGAUGACGAUUGCAAAUUGGCCAGAGCAGGUCCUCCAGCCACAAUAGUUCCCAUUGACGAAGAGAGUCGGAACGGCACUAUCCUGGUUGACAACAUGCUGAUCAAAGGCACAGCAGGAGGGCCUGACCCCACCAUUGAGCUCUCCUUGAAGGACAACGUGGAUUACUGGGUGAUCCUUGAUCCCAUCAGGCAAAGAUUGUACCUCAACAGCACUGGCCGAGUCCUGGACAGAGAUCCACCAAUGUCCAUUCAGUCCAUCGUGGUGCAGGUGCAGUGUGUUAACAAAAAAGUUGGCACCGUUAUCAACCACGAGGUGAGGAUUGUGGUGAGGGACCGGAAUGACAACUCUCCUCAGUUCCAGCAGGAGCACUACUAUGUGGCAGUGAACGAGUUAACUCCAGUUGGAACAACCAUCUUCACAGGAUUUUCUGGAAACAAUGGUGCUAUUGACAUUGAUGAUGGUCCCAAUGGCCAGAUAGAAUAUGUCAUCCAGUACAAUCCUGAAGACAAG